AUGUCUGGAUGUGGAAAGAAACACGUAGCGGAUGGGAAAACUGGAGAUGCAUUGAAGAAAUCCAAAUCAGCCAAAGCUGGUCUGCAGUUCCCUGUGGGUCGCAUCUACAGGCUCCUUAAAAGAGGGAACUAUGCUGACAGGAUUGGUACCGGCACUGCCAUCUACCUGGCUGCAGUGCUGGAGUACCUGAGCGCUGAGAUCCUGGAGCUGGCAGGGAACGCUGCACGGGAAAACAAGAAAACCAGGAUCCUGCCCAGACACAUCCAGCUGGCUGUGAGAAACGACGAUGAGCUGAACAAGCUCUUAUCCUGUGUGACCAUUGCUCAAGGCGGGGUUAUGCCAAAUAUCCUUUCCCAGCUCCUUCCCAAGAAAACUUCCAGAGAUACUGUUCCUUCUCAGGAAAAAGGUGGUAGCCAGUGA